GGCAACACCGGGACGAGCCCAGACAGACAGCACGGGCGGGUUCGGCUCCCGGGGAGAGCGGCCCGGGACUCGCACCCGGACCGCCGCCUCCCCCGCCUCCGCUCCGCUCCUCUCCGCGUUGCCCACGGCCUCGCCCCGGGCCCCGGGCAUCCGAUGAACCGCGCGCCCGGGGGACAUGGAAACGCUGACGCUGUGGCUUCUCCCUUGGAUCUGCCAGUGCGUGUCGGUGCGGGCCGACUCCAUCAUCCACAUCGGUGCCAUCUUCGAGGAGAACGCGGCCAAGGACGACAGGGUGUUCCAGCUGGCCGUUUCGGACCUGAGCCUCAACGAUGACAUCCUCCAGAGCGAGAAGAUCACCUACUCCAUCAAGGUCAUCGAGGCGAACAAUCCUUUCCAGGCGGUGCAGGAAGCCUGUGACCUCAUGACCCAAGGCAUUUUGGCCUUGGUCACAUCCACUGGCUGUGCAUCUGCAAAUGCCCUGCAGUCCCUCACAGAUGCUAUGCACAUUCCACACCUCUUUGUCCAGCGCAACCCAGGAGGGUCACCUCGCACUGCCUGCCAUCUGAACCCCAGUCCCGAGGGUGAGGCCUACACUUUGGCCUCUCGGCCCCCUGUCCGGCUCAACGAUGUCAUGCUCAGGCUGGUGACGGAGCUGGGCUGGCAGAAGUUUGUCAUGUUCUACGACAGCGAGUAUGAUAUUCGCGGCCUCCAAAGCUUUCUGGACCAGGCCUCACGGUUGGGCCUCGAUGUCUCUCUACAAAAGGUGGACAAGAACAUUAGCCAUGUAUUCACCAGCCUCUUUACCACCAUGAAGACUGAGGAAUUGAACCGCUACCGGGACACAUUGCGGCGUGCCAUCCUGCUGCUCAGCCCGCAGGGGGCGCACUCCUUCAUCAAUGAGGCUGUGGAAACCAACUUGGCUUCCAAGGACAGCCACUGGGUCUUUGUGAAUGAGGAAAUCAGUGAUCCAGAGAUCUUGGAUCUGGUUCAUAGUGCCCUUGGCAGGAUGACUGUGGUCCGACAGAUAUUUCCAUCUGCAAAGGACAACCAGAAGUGCAUGAGGAACAACCACCGCAUCUCCUCCCUGCUCUGCGACCCCCAGGAAGGAUACCUCCAGAUGCUGCAGAUCUCUAACCUCUACCUAUAUGACAGCGUUCUCAUGCUGGCCAAUGCAUUCCACAGGAAGCUGGAGGACAGAAAGUGGCACAGCAUGGCAAGCCUUAAUUGCAUACGCAAAUCCACCAAACCGUGGAAUGGAGGAAGAUCCAUGCUGGACACCAUCAAAAAAGGCCACAUCACUGGUCUUACGGGGGUGAUGGAGUUCCGCGAGGACAGUUCAAAUCCUUAUGUCCAGUUUGAAAUCCUCGGCACAACCUACAGUGAGACCUUUGGCAAAGAUAUGCGUAAGCUGGCAACCUGGGACUCAGAGAAGGGACUCAAUGGCAGCUUGCAAGAGAGGCCAAUGGGCAGCCGUCUGCAAGGAUUGACUCUCAAAGUGGUGACUGUCUUGGAAGAGCCUUUUGUGAUGGUGGCUGAGAACAUCCUUGGACAGCCCAAGCGCUACAAAGGGUUCUCCAUAGAUGUCCUGGAUGCAUUGGCCAAGGCUCUUGGAUUUAAAUAUGACAUUUACCAGGCCCCUGAUGGCAGGUAUGGUCACCAGCUCCAUAACACCUCCUGGAAUGGGAUGAUCGGGGAGCUCAUCAGCAAGAGAGCAGAUCUGGCCAUCUCUGCCAUCACCAUUACCCCAGAGAGGGAGAGCGUUGUGGACUUCAGCAAACGAUAUAUGGACUAUUCUGUGGGGAUCUUACUUAAGAAGCCAGAAGAGAAAAUCAGCAUCUUUUCUCUUUUUGCUCCAUUUGAUUUUGCGGUGUGGGCCUGCAUCGCAGCAGCUAUUCCUAUAGUUGGUGUGCUGAUAUUCGUGUUGAACCGGAUACAGGCCGUGAAGGCUCAGAAUGCUGCCCAACCCCGUCCGUCUGCUUCUGCCACUUUGCACAGUGCCAUCUGGAUUGUCUACGGAGCCUUUGUCCAACAAGGUGGUGAAUCCUCAGUGAACUCCAUGGCCAUGCGCAUCGUGAUGGGCAGUUGGUGGCUCUUCACCCUCAUUGUCUGCUCCUCCUACACAGCCAAUCUUGCUGCCUUCCUCACAGUGUCCCGGAUGGACAAUCCCAUAAGAACAUUUCAGGACCUUUCUAAACAAGUGGAGAUGUCUUACGGAACUGUGCGGGAUUCUGCUGUGUAUGAGUACUUCCGAGCCAAGGGCACCAACCCACUGGAGCAGGACAGCACCUUUGCAGAGCUCUGGCGAACCAUCAGCAAGAAUGGUGGGGCUGAAAAUUGUGUGUCGAAUCCUUCAGAAGGCAUCAGAAAGGCAAAGAAGGGGAACUAUGCCUUUCUGUGGGACGUGGCCGUGGUGGAGUAUGCAGCCCUGACAGAUGAUGACUGCUCUGUGACCGUCAUUGGCAACAGUGUCAGCAGCAAGGGCUAUGGGAUCGCCUUGCAGCAUGGCAGCCCCUACAGGGACCUCUUCUCCCAGAGGAUCCUGGAGCUACAGGACACUGGAGACCUGGAUGUGCUGAAGCAGAAAUGGUGGCCACACACAGGUCGUUGUGACCUCACCAGCCACACCAGUGCCCAGGCUGAUGGCAAAUCUCUCAAACUGCAUAGCUUUGCUGGGGUCUUCUGCAUCCUGGCCAUUGGUCUUCUCCUCGCUUGCCUGGUGGCUGCUCUGGAGUUGUGGUGGAAUAGCAACCGGUGCCACCAGGAGACCCCCAAAGAGGACAAAGAGGUGAAUUUGGAGCAGGUCCACCGGCGCAUGAAUAGUCUAAUGGAUGAAGACAUUGCUCACAAGCAGAUUUCCCCAGCUUCCAUUGAGCUCUCAGCCCUGGAGAUGGGGGGCCUUGCUCCGAGUCAGGCCUUGGAGCCCACGCGGGAAUAUCAGAACACCCAGCUCUCGGUCAGCACCUUUUUGCCAGAGCAAAGUAGCCACAGCACCAGCCGGACACUCUCGUCAGGGCCCAGCAGCAGCCUGCCGCUGCCUCUGAGCAGCUCAGCCACCAUGCCCUCCAUGCAGUGCAAACACCGGUCGCCCAAUGGGGGGCUGUUCCGCCAGAGCCCGGUGAAGACCCCUAUCCCCAUGUCCUUCCAGCCUGUGCCUGGAGGCGUCCUUCCAGAGGCCUUGGACACCUCACAUGGCACCUCCAUCUGACCUGACCAUGCAGCUUCCCCUCCUGACCUCCACCCACCCAUCUACCCACCCAACCAGCAGAGCUUUUUAAUACAAGAAUAAAACACCACAGACCACACACAUGCACACACAGAGACUCUCAUUUUUCUUGUACAUAUGUGUAAAUAAUGACAGAAUGGAGUGGGGUAAAAGUGUAUUUUGAAUAUUCCCAAUUUUCGAAGUCAGUAAAAAAAAAAACACAAAAACUGUAUGAAUGACUUUGUAAAUUUUGUUCUAUAUGAAUAAAAAGGCAAAUUACUUGUGA